GCACACAUGACAUUAAACCGGAAGACAUGCUGCAAAUUGAAAAAAGAGACAACAAAAAUGAAAAUGACCUCAACUCAACUGACUCUGAUAUCCAGUGACAGCUUUCUCUAAUGGAUGGCAACAUGAAGGAGGAGGAAAUCGAAUGUCAUAUUGCAUUGGAAUGACACGAAAGGAAAUUCAUGUUAUUCAGUUGAGAGAAAAUUCUCAACAAACUUUAAGAAUUGGAAAAUGUGAAAUUUAUUAAAGCUGUCGUGACACGUGCUAAAUCAAUUUACACUAAAAAUCUCUGGCUAAAACGAAAGCAAUGAUUGAUUUACUAUAACAAAUUAAAUUUGAAAAGCUUUUAACAAUAUAUUUAGACCAAAUGCUGCUCAUUUACUUAAAAAUUGUGGAAAUGAAAAUUCCUUUUAAAGUUUCGCUAUUAUUUUUGAUUUCGAUUUCAAUUUGUGCUGGAAAAUAUUAUGAUGAAGAAAUUCGCAUGCAGAAUACUGUAAUGUCACCCUUUUCACUGUCAGUCAAUCUGAUUGCUCUUUAUUUUGCUGGAGAUGAACGCGUAAGGGCUCGGAUUAAAAGGUUUCUACAUCUAAAUGGUACAAAUGAUGAGAUUGGUCAACGAGUGCGAAAUGCUCUCAAUAGAUUUCAGCAAAAGUCGGCAGUUAAAUUUUUAAUGCUCUCAAACAUUUAUGUAUCGAGUCGGUUUCCUGUAUCAGCGUCGUACGAUUCAUUGAUCCAUAAGUAUCUAAACAUGAGAGCACUUAAUAUUAACUUCUCCCAACAUGGAGAAAUUUCAAAAACCAUUAAUAGAUGGAUCAAUCAGUGUACUGGUAAAAAUAUCUUCGUACCAGUUGAACGUCCAAGUGAUAAUACUGCCUUUUUAAUGCCUAAUUUUAUUCAUAUAGAGGCCGACUUUCGCUAUCCACUCAGUUCUCUAAUCUUGCAGGGAACGUUUCUUAACGAUGGAAUUAGCAAGCGCACAAUAACAAUGAUGAGGAAUCGGCAUUUGCGACUAAAAUAUAACAUGAUACCUGAAUUGGAGGCAGAAGUUAUAGAAAUGCCCUUCUCAAACUCAACGAUAUCGAUGAUGAUCGUUUUACCCAAAAAUCCACAAGAACUACCUCAACUACAAAGGAGACUGAGAGAUUUCAAUACCUUUCACCUGCAUAAGCAACUGGAGUUUCACUAUAUAGAUGUCAGUUUGCCAAUAAUUAAUGAAUUCUAUACCAACUAUCUCGAGGACCAUCUUAUUAAUAGACGCAUGUACUCGAUUUUCGGAGUCGGUACUUUUUCAAAAAUAGCCAAACAUGGGUCUAAAAUUUAUUUAGAUGGUUUGGUGCAAACGGUGUCCUUCAAAAUGAAUGAAGAAGGCAUUGCACCUAGGUCGAAUUUAAACAGGCGAACCGAACUUAAUGAUAGUGUUAUGACACUUGAGGUUAAUCAUCCAUUUGCUUUUUACAUACAGGACAAUGAAUUUAUUUAUAUGAAAGGAUACAUUCAUAAGAUGAAUUAAAAGGCUAAUCUUUUGUGUCCCUUA